AUGACAUCAUGGAUUGUGCGGCCAUGCAUUGACCUAGACCGCCUCCGCUCGGCGAUGUUCUUCUCCGAUGGUAGCUGUUGGAGUGGCAUGGGAACCCCACCCAAGAUGAUGGUCCAGACCCUUGGCAUCCUAGCUUUUGCUGGCACGAGGAUGCCGUAUUUGUCCGGCGCAAACGGACAAUUUGCCUCCGCGGUGUCAAAAUUUGGGGUUUCCCACAACCCAGCUGCCCGACGCAUAGUGACCGGGUUGUCCGCCGACACGCAUUCCCGCGGUGUCCUGGUCCCUGCCAUCCAGCGUGGCCACCACCGGAGCUUCGCGUCGAUCUACGUUGACGAGCUCUACAGCCAGCCCAAGGGCCUCAGCGUCGUGCGCAAGGAAGAGCCGCAGCCCAACACCAGCAAGCUCGCACGUGACACUGACCGUACCGACGACGUCAUCAACAAGACACGCGUACAUGGCCAUGGCAUCGGCGCCGCGACCGCUACCCCUACUGGUGGUGGCAGCAAGGCGCGUGCUGGGGGUAGGAGCGCCGGCGUGAGAGGUUUCCUGCUGAGCCCGGGCAGAGGGGGUUGUGGGAUGGGGGAGGUGGAUGUGGAUGUGAGGGCAGAGAUGUUCAUCAGGAAGUUCAGCGAGGAGAUGUGGCUGCAGAGCCCGAGGUCGGCCGAGGAAUUCCAGGCCAUGCUUGCAAGAGGCCUAUGA